AUGGGAGAGUUCUUCGAUUCCCUCUCCAAAAAAGCACCAGUUUCUUUCAACGACUUGCUCCGAAGAGCCAAAAAAUACAUCAACGCGGAGGAGGCACGCCGAAGUAGGACCUCAGAGCCUGCCUCGAUAGGUGAGAGGCGCAAGGAUAAGAUUCGAGUGGAGAUAAGGAAGCAAGAGCCCUUUCUACGCAAGGAAGCAGGCGCGGAACGGCGCACAGGGCACCGUUUUGAAAACUAUGCCCCCUUGAGCACUGCUCCAUCGGAGAUCUUGACGGCUACUGUAAAUCAUCCGAAGCUCAAGUGGCCACGUACUUACUCAGAAGUCCUGAAGAAGCCCGCUAGUGCUGGGCCUUAUUGUCGUUUUCAAAACGAACAUGGGCACUCCACCGACGAAUAUCAGCAUCUCAGAGAUGAAAUCGAAAGAUUAAUCAGGAUGAAGAAACUCUCGGAGUUCGUCGAGAGUAGUCCCGGGUCUACCGCCAAGUACCCGCGGAAAGGAGGGAAUGGAAGUGCACGAGUUCUCAACAAGUCGGAAAAAGAUACCGACCCUCAACCUCCUAACAACUACAUACACACCAUAUUUGGAGGCCCUAUGGGCGGGGACUCGAAUCGGUCCCGCAGGGCCCACUUGCGAAAGCUACAAGAGUUGAGAGGAGAGCUCGCGAUGAUGUACCGGGUGUCCAUCGCCCCGCCCAUUACCUUUGGAGUAGAAGACGAGACGGGGAUUCAGCAGCCGCAUAACGAUGCCUUAGUGAUCACUGCCAUGGUGGCGAACUACGACGUGGCAAGGAUACUGAUAGACACACGCAGCUCGGUGGACAUAAUAUAUUACGAGUGCUUUAAACAGAUGCGGCUGAACGUUGAAGUGCGGAGAGUGGAUACAACCCCUAUAGGAUUUGCGGGGGAAGUGGUGCAGCCAAUGGGUGAGGUAACUCUGCCAGUAUCACUAGGAAUCGACCCCUAA